AUUCUCACUUUUCCUUUCACGAUUUAUGGACACUCGUGGAUCGAUGGAUUACACAGUAAUUGGCCAAAGUAGGGAAUAUUAAGGUGUUUUAAAUUUAGUUUCUAUCUGACUUCUCUACAAUGUCUUUCUAAAAUAGUAGUGCUGCUGACAGAGGUCACUAAAAGGAGUAAUUUUGAAACGACGUGAAGGUGAACCUCAUCUGCUGGACUGUACUGGUUCCGUCACGGACAAUGUUCUCGGCAACGGGAAAGCGUUGUUUUACCAUUGAGUCUUUGGUGGCGAAGGAAAGCCCCUUAACACCAGAAGACCCUAUUCGCCCUACCGCCCUAAGCUACACGGCGCCUCCUGACAGUUUUCUUAACGGCUAUCAAAGCCCCGCAGGCCGUGCGCUCUAUCCAAACCCCGAACUGGUGUUUUCGGAGACUGUGAACCAUGCACCUCUUAGCAUGCACCCACACCAGCUCGGCAGCACACACCUCCAGCACCCGCACUUCUUUGGCACGCAGCACCGUGAACCACUGAAUUUCUAUCCGUGGGUCUUAAGGAACAGGUUUUUUGGCCAUCGGUUUCAAGGCAACGACGUCUCACAGGACACGCUGUUACUACACGGCCCAUUUGCUAGGAAGCCCAAGCGGAUCCGCACCGCGUUCUCGCCCUCUCAGCUGCUGCGCCUGGAGCGAGCCUUCGAGAAGAACCAUUAUGUAGUCGGAGCCGAACGGAAACAGCUCGCUAACAGCCUCAGUCUAUCUGAGACUCAGGUGAAAGUGUGGUUCCAGAACCGCAGGACCAAGUAUAAGAGGCAGAAACUGGAGGAAGAGGGCCCAGAGUGCACACAGAAGAAGAAGGGAAACCACCACAUUAACCGCUGGAGAAUUGCCACCAAACAGACCGGAUCUGAGGACAUAGAUGUCAUGUCUGACGCCUAAGACCAACCUAAACACUGCCCAAAUGAACACACAAGACCAAGAAAAGCACUAUUUAUUUAAUGUUAUUAGUCAUGAGAUCUCAGAUUCUAAACCUAACUGCAGAGAACCUGACCACGUGAGUGUGAGUUAAGGAUGAAUUAAACAGGUCAGCAAGUAAUCUACACCCAGGACUGAACACUAGAGUUGUUUAACAUACCUCUGCUGGAAUUAUCCAAUGUAUCAGACAUGCAUCACCUCUAAGAAGAAAUCAUGUUAUAUAUGACUGUCUUUUUUUUCUUUUUUUUUUUUUGAAAGAAAUUGUAUUUA